AUGGCCAAGCAUGCACAGUCUGUCUCGAUGAAAAAAUGGCUCGCAUCUCAUGAACGAGAAAAAGCCAUUGCUCAUGCCAUAGAGGAUGCAAAGUGGCUGGAGAGAAAUGAAGUGCGCAGGCAAGAAUAUAAGGAGGAGUUGAGGCAGUGGGAGGAAGAGCGAGCAAAGGCAAAGUUGGAGAGACAACGCAUGACACAUGUCAAACUGAAGCUUGGGAGACUCGAGGCCCCACUCCCAAAGCCAGCACUCACCCACAUUGACGAGGAAGAGGAUGAGUCAAAUGAUAGCAAGGAAGAAUAUUAA